UCCAGCCACCAGCCCCAUUCACGACUUCCAACUUCGCCAGUUGUGCCCCUGCUGCGCGUAUUUCUCCCUCGUUUUUCCACGUCCAACCUUCUUCACGUUCGCUCAACCCAACAUCUUUCGCCCGGACAUUCUCAAUCAUCCCGACCGGCGUCGUCAGCCCGUCUAAUCUCCCAUCUCCUCAACGCCGCUCCACACGAUAAUGUUCGCCAAGUACGCCCUCCCGGUGGCCGCCGUCGCCGGCCUGGCCUCUGCCGCCAACAGCUGCAGUGCCUCUGCCACUAGCACUAUCGCCGCCGCCAACGAUGUCCCCACUGGCUGCGCUACCUUCUCUGGCUCCCUUGCCAUCGCCACUGACGCCCCCGGCACCCUCGACAUCCAGGGUAUCAAGAAGAUCACUGGCUCCCUGUACGCCAACAAUGUCAGCGCUCUCUCUUCCCUGUCCGCCGACAGCCUCGAGGAGAUCGACAACUUCGAGCUUACCGACCUGGAGAUCCUGUCCAACCUGAACUUCCCCAAGCUCACCAAGGUUGGCUCGAUCAAGUGGGCCGGUCUUAAGGCUCUUUCCGAGCUGAGCUUCUCGUCCGGUGUCAAGGAGGCCGACUCCGUCGACAUUGAGAACACCUUCCUGAGCUCGCUCGACGGUAUCAACCUCAACGAGGUCGGCACCUUCGUUGUCGCCAACAACAAGUACCUUAAGGAUGUCGAGGUCCAGUUCACCCACAUCACUGAGCGUCUGGAGAUCUCCGAGAACAGCCCCGAGCUCAAGGCUCACUUCCCCAACCUUGAGUGGGCUUUCAACAUGACCUUCCGUAACGUCAGCGAGGUCCAGACUCCUUCCCUGGCUGCCAUGAACGGCUCCCUCGGCUUCUACGGUGAUGGCAUCAAGAGCUACUCUGCCCCCAACCUCACCAAGAUCCAGGAGGGUUCCCUUUCCUUCAUCGCCAACCCCCAGCUCCAGAACAUCUCUCUCCCCAAGCUCCAGUCCGUCAACGGUGCUUUCACCAUUGCCAACAACUCUCACCUUGCCGGCAACCUCAGCUUCCCCAAGCUCGAGACUGUCAAGGGUGCUUGCGACUUCAGCGGUAACUUCUCUGGUUUCUCUCUCGACAGCUUGAAGACGGUCAGCGGUGCCUUCAACAUGCAGUCUUCUGAGGAGAUUGACACCGACUGCGACCACUUCAAGGGCCUGUCUGGCAAGGACAACAUCAUCCGCGGCAAGUUCGAGUGCAAGGGUGCGCUGACCAACCCCGGUGGUGUCGGUACCAAGUCCUCCAGCACCUCCAGCUCCAGCAGCGCCAAGUCCACGAACGCUGCUGGCCGCGUUGAGAUGUCCACCACUGCCUUCGGUGCCGCAGGUCUUCUUGCGUUCUUCUUCGGCCUGUACUAGGGGAAGUUGUAGCUGAGGAGCUGGCGUUUUUCUUUUGAUUUUCUGCUUGCAUAGAGGUACUUAAUACGGAAAAUCCUUGCGUUUUCAUUGGCACCAUCACGGAGCAUUCAAUCGCGCAUUGGGCCCGAGCGAUGAUGACUCAUGUGGUUUUCUGGAUUGGGUUCUUUGAGCGGUUCGUGCUUACGUGCGCGUGUAUCUAUCAGGGUGGUUGUGUGGGACGAGGCAACGAGCGGAGGUCUUAAUCGGGUGCUUUUUAGCAAUUUUACUCAUUCGGGCGCGCCGUAAGCAAUUCCGGGAUCAUCUCAUUAUGUCUUUCAAACGGCUCUAUUUUUCUUACUACUACUCUUCUCUUCCUCUCUCUCCUCUUUUCUCUUCGAUGCGCGCGGUGUGGUGUGGUGUGGCGGGGAGGGCCG